CCUCGCCACGCCGCGCGCUCCGCCCGACAUUCGCGCCGUGACUUCCACAUAGAGUGGACCCGUGCACGCCUAUCUCUGUGCGCGCUCGCCGUUAACGUCUCCCGUGAGACGGCGUGCGUUGUGACUGUCCACAAUAAUCUCCGUAGUGUAAAAAUAAAGCCGUCGACAGACGGCAGCGUCCCAAGUUAUAUUUAAAUGAUAGCGCGGACGCAGGGCCGGGCUCGCCACGAACGCUCGACGACAUGAGACUGAGAAGUGUGGCCGUGUUGCAGUGCGAGUGUUCGGGCCCUAGGGCGUGCCCGGAUGGCUCCUCCAACGGCACGUGCACCACCCAGCCCGGCGGCUACUGCUUCGUGGCCGUCGAGGAGGUCCUCGACGAGGUCGGCAGCGUCGUCAGGGACAGGACCACUGGCUGUCUGCCGCCUGAGGAGGCUGGAUUUAUGCAAUGCAAAAGUUCACAAGUCCCACAUCAGCAUCCUAAAGCGAUCGCGUGCUGCAAUGACGGCGACUUCUGCAAUCGUCCGCUGUCGCCGCAGCUGCCGGAGCCGCCGCCGGACGUGACGGAGGCGCCGGGCGCGCGCCCGCACGUCCCCGGCAGCCCCACCAUCUUCCUCGCGGCCGCGCUCUGUAUCGCCCUCGUAGCGUUCGUCGCCGCCUUCGUCCUCCUCUUCCGCAGAAGACGACGCGGCUGCAAACGACCCCCCACCCCGCCUACGCACUCCCAUCACGCCGAAAUAUCCUCAGGCUCCGGAUCCGGACUACCCCUCCUGGUCCAGAGGACCGUCGCCAAACAGAUACAAAUGGUAGAAUCCAUUGGCAAAGGACGCUAUGGAGAAGUCUGGUUGGCUAAAUGGCGCGGAGAAAAGGUCGCCGUCAAAGUCUUCUUCACGACCGAAGAGGCCUCCUGGUUUCGCGAAACUGAAAUUUAUCAGACUGUUCUAAUGCGACACGAGAAUAUACUCGGCUUUAUUGCAGCGGAUAUCAAAGGAACGGGAUCAUGGACUCAGAUGCUGCUCAUCACGGAUUACCAUGAGAAUGGAUCGUUGCAUGACUACCUUCAAACCGUCGUCCUGGAUACGCACAGCAUGAUAACCAUGGCGUACUCGAUAGUAAGCGGGCUGGCUCAUCUGCACAUGGAUAUCUUCGGCACGAAAGGCAAACCGGCGAUCGCCCACCGCGAUAUCAAAAGCAAGAACAUUCUAGUGAAACGGAACGGGCAAUGCGCCAUUGCGGACUUCGGACUCGCGGUGCGCUUCGUAGCCGAGAGGAACGAAGUGGACAUCGCGCCGAACACUAGAGUCGGCACGCGGCGCUACAUGGCGCCCGAAGUGCUCGACGAGAAGCUCGACGUGACCAACUUCGAGGCGUUCAAAAUGGCCGACAUGUACUCUCUGGGCCUGGUGCUGUGGGAGAUGAGCAGGAGGUGCGCGACCGGCGACAAACGGCAGUACGUGGAGAGCUACGCGCUGCCGUACCAGGAGUUCGUGCCGUCGGACCCGUCGUUCGAGGACAUGCACGCGGUGGUGGUGUCGGCGGGCACGCGGCCUCCUGUGCCCGCGCGGUGGCUGAGCGCGGAGCCGCUGAGCGCGCUGGUGACGGUGAUGGCGGAGUGCUGGCACCACAACCCGCCCGUGCGGCUGACGGCGCUGCGCGUCAAGAAGACGCUCUCCAAGUACGUCACGGAGACCACGAUCAAGCUCGUGUGACGCUCUAUAUGUGUAUCGUUCCUGUAAAUAUGUGAUGCUAUGACGUUUUGUGACUUUGAGUUCGAGUUCCUCGAUAUAUUUAUUUGUACGCGACACCCUCCGUAGCGAUCCCGUCGAUUAGAAUUCUGAUUCUGCCCGACCACCGUAUGUUUAAAUCUCAGUAUUGUUAAGUUUAUUCGGACACCAGUGAAAAGAUAUUUUGUUUAGUUCGCUUCGGAUCACUUUAUGAAUUCUACGGUCCCGCCGGAAUCUCUCGGAAACUAUUAUGAGUUUAGUUCUUAAAUGUUUUAUUUUAUGAUUGUUACGUAUAAUAAAUACGAAGGGUUUUUGUAUAUUGAAAAAUUGUCGUCUUCCGUUUUGAUAAGCAAUCUACUUGACCGCGGCGAGGUAGCUUAGAAUAUACUCUGGUUAUGUUUCUAAAUGAAGAUGAAACUCUGAUUCGCGAUACAUUUUUGCUUCCUCAGUUACGACGAAAUUACUUAACGUACUGCUAAAAUUUAAUUUAUGUUCACGUCAUCUGCAUCUGGGUCUUUCCAUAAAUGUUCAUGGUACGUAGACAUUGGCCAAAAUACCCAGAUUGUGCGAAUAUGUAUCGGGAAUCUUUGUUGCAACCUAAGCGUUAGCAACGCACUGUAGUACUUGUUACAGAUAUUUGUACCAAGAUAAAUUGUGAUAUUUUGACAAUAAGAUACAUAAUGUACAAACGAUCGAUUCAAAAUUGUACUUUCUCACGUAGCAAUAGAGUUCAUUUCACAUUCAAACAAUGAGCCAUUGUAGUUCGUACUUAAAGUUGUUGAAAAGACUAAUGUAGUGCGAGUAUUAAUGUUACGGUAUGAAAAGCUGUGUCUUAUGGAGCCUUCGCCACGUUUAGUAUUAAUUAACAUGGUUUAGUUAUUAUAUUGCGUUGCCCUCGGUCUCACGUCAUUAUUAAAUUGAAUUGCCUUAUGAAUUACUCAAAAUUCCCACCAAAUAGUUGUUUCAAAUCAAAUUGUCAAUUUAGUAAAGUGCCCCCGAUCUUUUUAAAAUGUAAAUAAAGUGAAACCGAGCGGCCUCGUGGCAUUUAGUGCGCCGUUGCGCCCUGUACAGUGUUUUGUAAAUAUAGUUUAGUAACAUUGCAUAGGUAUCUAAUACAUGUUGAUAGAUAAGGUACGAAUAAAAUAUUAAUGGACGUAUAA